UUUCGCGCAGGAAGUAACGAAUAUUAUAUGGGCGUCGAUAAUUUACAAUCUGCGACACAAUUCUUAUUGGUCGAGAAGUUUGCAUAGUGUAGUUAUUGUCGAAUCGUGUGACGCAACGAGAUAUUAUUGUACAGUCGCCUUGAAAUCUAUAAACCGCGAGCACAGCUAUUGGCCAUUUAAGAGUGAAGGAUCGACGCACAGUUGCGCAUUAUUAUCAAGAAAGAAUUUCUCGGACUAUUUCACGGAAGUGACUCUCGUGAAUUUCGUGGGGGCUUUAGAAAGGGCACUAUGUGAAAAUUAUACAACCGGAGGGUGGAAACGUGGAUGAAAAAAGAUCUUUGGAUAAUCAAGUCCUCGAUAGCUUCUCAUUGGUUGGCUCGGGAUUUCGUUGUGCAUUCUGUGUCUGACACCAUCCCGAAGGAAAAUAUAAUGCCACAAAAAGCACCAAUGAAAAAGUCCUCGACUGGCAAGGGCAUGCAAGUUUAUCAGGUGCAAAAUACAAAAGCACAACAGUCCAAGCCAGGUUCAACAAACAAUCAGAGAGUUCUUAUUCUCUCUACUCCAAUUAAAUUGAAAGAUGGUACCAUCAAUCUUGAGCAGCGAGCCAUACCAUUACGUAUUAGUAACAAUCAGCUAUUGAACACUGGUUCCAAGAACAGUGUAAUCUCACUUAAGCGCAGUAACGAGCCACCACCCCUUGCUCUUCCAAUAAAUCAAUUGAGCAAAAAGUCUCCAACGUUCGUUAAAAAUGAAAUUGGUCAAGUAAUGGGUAAGCUUAUUCCUCUUGGAAAAUUUUCAAACAUUACUUCCAAUGCUUUUAAUCCAGUGGCAACAAAAGCUUCUCCUUCUACCUCGACACCUCCAGUAGCCCAAACUGUUAAAUGCAAAUUCUCCAAGCAGAAUUCUAAAGUGAAAAAUCAGAACCCAAUAGAAGCUCCAUUGCAAAGCAAGGAGACUUUGCUCAAUGUGGAUACAUAUGAAACAAGCUUAAUUCAAAAUGAAGAGGAAAAACCUUUGAGCAGUUCAUCGACAUCUGCAACCACUAAUAACUCUACUGUGAACUGUAGUAAAACUGUUCAAGUAUCUGGCAUGAAACAAUUCACCACAUUUACAUCAAAACCAAAAAAGGAAAUACAUUUGGUACUAAGAGGUGAAAACAAUAUGGCUAGUAUAGGUCAAACUGGUCAGAAUAUUAAAUUAAUUCCAUUGGACCAAUGGAAAUUUGAUGAGAAAUUAAAUUUUAUGAGAAGUACAAAGAAUAUAGAAGAACAGAGUGAUAUUCUUAAAACUGGGAUGACUUCAAAAUCACAUUCACAUGAUGAGGUUCAGGAUAAAGAUGAUACGAGCUCAAUUGAUUUAAAGCUUCAUUGUCCAGUUAAAGAAGAAAAAUUUAGCAUAAACGAUUUAUUGGAAAAAGAUCCACUAAAUAUUGAGAACUUUAACAUAGAAGACGGUAUUAAAAAGAAUUUUAAAUCUCUGUCUACAACAUGUAGCAAGGAAGAAGAUGACGUUUUUUUAAAUCCACCAGAUAACACAUCAAAUUAUAUUAACCCCAGUGAUAUCUCUUCAGUGCAUAGAUCAACUUCUACAUUUGAUAGAAAGGAAGUUGCUAAAUUGAAAAGUAAUCAGUUUAGUAUUGAAACUGACUGGUUUAAAGAAAAGUUGGCAUCCCUAAAGCAUGAAGCUGUUACAGUAAAUUACGACGACGUUGGGAAAAAUCAAGAAUUAGAAACAUGGGAAUCGGAGCAAACGGAUAACGAUUCUAAAAAGAUUGACACCAGUCCCUGCAAAAAUGUUUAUGAACGUUUCAAUAUAAAUAAGUCAAAUGCUACUGACAGAGAAAUUGCAAUGAUGUCAUAUAUACAAAAUUUGAGGAAAAGAUUAUUUUAUUUGAAAAAUAAAAAAAUCCAUAUGCCAAGUUUUCUCGAGUACACACAACAUCGGAACAUGGCUUAUGUCACAGGGGUUCAACGAGGAUUUAUCAAAGCGCAACUCAAAAACUGUGGCAAGCCAGUUCACAAGCAACGUUUUACGAAGUUGGAAAAAUCUGCAGCCCAAGAAAUACUUAAAGCAACAGGACCCAGGGGCUAUGAUAAUUUGAGAAAAUUCUUUUAUCUUCCUACAAGGAAUGUAAUGACUAAUACCUGAGAUAUAUGCUUGCUAUAAAAGACUGGGAAUAUAGAUUAGCUAGUUGGUUAGGACACUUCCGAGGUGCAAUUCAAAGUUACAAUAGCUAAUAUAAAAAUGCUGGAACAACAAAGGAACAAACAGAAUCAGAGACCAAGAGGAUCUGAUUUGAUAACAAACAAUGACUCCAGUUAACAGGAGUGUCUCUGACUUAGCUCGAUAAAUUAUUAAGUAUAAAAUUUACAGAGGAUUAUACUUCUAAAGUUCUCUAGUGUAAUUUCAUAGAAUUUAUUAAUCUUAUUGAUUUGUUUAAUGUAGUGCAUUCCUCUAUAAACUGGUUUUCAUA